AUGUCGCCUAUUCCCAUCGUCGUCUGUGGCAGAAACCCAAAUAUCGCAAAGGCCGUAAGUGAGGGCGUCAAACCAGAAUACGAUGUAAUCCACAUCAACCUCUCCGUCGAAGAAGCAACAUCUUCAAUCCCUCUAAUCAUCUCGUCCAAGACCCCACCCAAUAGCUCUUCUAAUAUCGGAUCCCAGAACUACGGCACCAGGCCUGCUGUCGUAGCCCUUGGAGGUGGUUUCAACGAUGAGAUGUUCGAGGAGAUCAAAGGUUCUUGUGGAGAUGAGAAGAUGGUAUGGGUGCGCACCGAUAUAACCAGGACCGGAGAGAUGCCAGACUUUAAUGAUCAUGAAGCGUAUGGGAAGGCGACUGGGGCGAGGUUGAAGAAGUGCCUGGAUGAGUUGCAGGUUGGGAAGGAAGGUGGCAAGACGGAGGGGACGUGGUUUUUCUAA